AAAGCGGAACAGGUCAAAAGAAGAAGAAGAAGAAGGUGUGACGUCACGAGUCGGUGUAAACAAGAGGCAGCAGCUGGCGUGGCGGUGUGAUGGCCCGUGUGUCCCUGCCUGUGGGGGCGUGUUGCUGCUGCCGGGGACACGCCUUACACACACACCCCACACCACACCACUGACCCGCCCACCCAUUGCACUGACAACUUCCCCCAUGGCCCUGCCCGCACGAUUUGCAAAAGUGAUGCAAAGACCCAAACAGACCAGAAUGGCUGUUUUCAGUUGACUGCAUGUGAUGAAGAAGAGUGAUUGAUCUGUAUCCCUCGUGUGGUAACACGAAGAUGACUGGCGGGUCCCAAGGACCCUCAGCGUAGUGCUCCGGUAUCUUUUCCUGUCUAAUAGUUGCAGGUGUGACCAGCAUGGCCAACAGGAGGUACCCCUUCCAGGGACAGUUUGGGGUCCAUGAGACUUCACUCACCACAGUCAUCGGCUAUGGGGAGUUCAAGGCCGCAGAACAGAUCAUUGAGAGCACGAAUGACCCAACGUUUCUCAAUGAUGGUCGCUAUGAAAACAUUCCUCUCCAUAUGGUCCUCACAAACAACCACUACAAUGACCGCUGCCGCAACCUGAAGCUGGCACGACUGCUGGUCCAGAAGGGUGCCAGCCCCAACCUGAGGAUACCCUAUGGAGACAUGUCUGAGUCAUCUCCUAGCCCCUUUGAGGAGCUUGUAGUCUAUUAUGAAGUGCUCAAGGCUUAUGCUGCUGGUGAGUUUGAUGCGCUUAGUGAGGAACUGGAGAUGUACUUCGAGAAUGAAGAGGCAAAGGUAGCGUUCUUGACCAACACUGUAGAUUUAGAUAAUACAAAGUGUCUUCCCAACAUUGAAGAUAUUCGUAAAUUAAUUGAACAAACAAGUGAAUUAAUUGACAUAUUUCUCUAUUAUGGAAGUGAUCCGAGUGUCCUUACAACCUUUGCUCACAAAUCUCUCUUCCACUGGGUGGUAGAACAUGAAGAUGUUGCCUUGGCCAAGCGAUUCCUAGACACGUCCAGAGUUAACCUGAACCUUACGGAUGUCCAUGGCAGCAGUCCUUUGAUGGAUGCUAUCUUGAGAAAUAAGCCAGAAAAUGCUCUGGUCCUCUAUGAGACAAUGUGUGAAACCACUGAAACUGUAGAGCUUAACUGUGUGGACUGCUGUGGAGAGACUGCUCUCUUCAGGGCAGUGUUUGCUGGUGCCACAGAACUGGCCAACAGGCUGUGUAAGGAUGGAGCCAAAUUAACCACUUCUGUGUGUCUGUCUCAAGUUCCAGUAUCAACAUGCGAGGAGCCAAGGCCUCAUGAGGGUUUGCUUUUCUCCAUUCUCACCAGUGACCCAAAUCCCAUGGCUACUCCCUUAUUAGCCCCUCUUUUGGCAGACUCGCCAGUUCGAAUGCGUUACGAUCAGGUCUCAACAAAUGAGUGCAUUGCCAAAGUGGGGCAGCCCCAUAAGAAUCUUGCAGACAAAAUUAUAUUGGCUGGUGUAUCUCCCCUAAUAGACAUGGGGUGCUUUAACAAUCAGACCGUUGCCUUAGAAAUGAUGGAACUUUUAAACCAAACAGACUUCCAGUCUUUACAAACCAGGCCUCUCACCCCUCGAGGGCAAGCCAGGUAA